UUAGAUUUAAGAAUAAUAAUUAAUUUAAUUUAAGUAUUUAUAUUAUUUAUUUAUCAUAAAAAUGAAACACGUUUUUUUUGCUACAUUUGCUCUACUUUCAAUAAAAGGAAUGGAUUCAAUAAAUAACUUUGCUGAUGUACCUUGCGGUAAAGUUUUUGGGGGACGAGAUCCGAAGGUUGUGGGUGGAACGGACGCUGAAAAGGGAGAGUUUCCAUGGAUUGUUUCGAUCACUAAAAAAGGUGGACACUUUUGUGGAGGUUCAAUAAUAACACGAAAACAUAUUCUCACUGCGGCACAUUGUCUCUGCGGAGGAUUUGACUUCGUAAAACCACGCCAAAUAAAAGUUUCUCUCGGACAACACGACUUAAGGGAAUCUGACGUGUACAAAUACGAAUUACCAGUUAUUUCCUACACAAUCCAUCCAAAUUACACAUGUGAUAGACCAGCAAAUGAUAUUGCCGUAAUAGAAAUAGGCAAUAGCGUCCAAUGGUCACAAAGAGUAAGCCCUAUCUGUAUACCGAGUUCAGAAAACGAAGAAAAUUAUAAAACUUUUGCUGAUACAGUGGCAACAGUAGCUGGAUGGGGUUGGACAAAAGAAGAUAGUUCUAUAGGUUCUAGAGCAAAUGUACUACAAAAAGCUAAUGUAAACGUUAUAGAAACAGAAAAAUGCCAAUCGUGGUAUAAAUCACAAGGUAAAAAAAUUAAAAUAAGCAGUAAACAAAUGUGUGCAGGAUAUCAAAAUGGUGGGAUCGAUGCCUGUUGGGCUGACAGUGGUGGUCCUCUUAUGAUUAAUUUUAAAAAUACAAACCAAAUGGUCAUUGCUGGGGUAGUAUCUACAGGAAUAGGAUGCGCUAGACCAUAUUUACCUGGAUUAUAUACCAGAAUUUCUGAAUAUGUUCCUUGGCUACGAACCAUUUUGAAUUAAUUAAGAAAGAAACAUUAUCUAUAAU